AUGACAACAACCACGAUAUCAGCGAAAGAGCAGGAAAACAAAGAGACUCAAAAUAACUUUUCAUCAGUAGAAUUAGAAAGGAAUAACGAAAUCGAAACAACCGACCUUCGCUCAACUUCUUUCUCUUCUUCAAACUCUUCGUUAUCAUCAUUAGAUAAAAAAGAAACAAAUAAUCGAAGUUCACUAUCAAGUAUAAGAAGUUUCCCAGAUUCUCAAAUGAUUUCGCUAAAUUUGAAUAAGGAAAUGAUUAAUCACAACAAUACGAACCAUCAAAACAGAGUGAAUACUUGCAAUAAUCAUGAUAACUCUACGAAAUAUAAUGAAUCUAAUAAUAUUGUACGGUUCGAUCCAUUAGUAUUUCCAGGUCCUGCUUCAGUCACUCUACUAAAUAAAGAUGAUCUAGGCAAACUGUACAGAUCAAAGAUAAGAUCUCAUUCAUCCAUGGAAAGAAAGGGCUCAACCAUUAAAUCAGACGAAUUACCAGAUCCAGCUAGCUAUAAAGUACAAAAGAGACCGAUUAAUGUAGUCUCCAAGCCUGAUGACUCCAUGAUACAGAGGAAGGGUAUAGUAGCUGCUGCCGCAUUAGCUGCUGCUGCAACUGUCCCUCUACCGCUACGAUAUAGACAAAAUGAAAACGAUUUAUUGACUCCUAUUUCAAAGAUAUUAUCUGCUCAAUAUAGCCAAAACUCAAUAGAAACUAACGACCAAUCAUUGCUAAAAGAACGCAACUCAAAUAACGUUGAUAGGGAUUCUAAUAUAGUGACUUGCCAUAUAUGUAAUAGUCAAGAAAAAAUAACGCUCCGAGAUUCAAAUCCUGAUAAGAUAAAAUUGAAAAAUAGUAUUUACAUUCAAUGUCUCACGUGCCAUAAGUGGCAACAUAGAUCAUGUUAUGAAGAAACUAAUCUGAUCAAGAAAAGUAGGUUUAAUUGUAUCCUUUGUCAUUCUCGAUUGCAUUAUAGUGUUUCCACGCCAGUACAUAAUGAAACAAACGGGUCAAAAAUUAAAAAAGAAUAUGAAGAAGAUGAAUUAGACGAAACAGAAGAACCUAAAACAUUCGAUAAGAUAGAGACAUCCCAAUACAAAGACAAAUACGUAAAUCAAUUUAUAACAAAUCAUAAUGAUGAUGAUUGGGUCAUACCAAACCAUUCAAAUAACAAUACAACCAAAUUGAAAACAAUCUCCAAGAAAGUUUACACAUUACAAUCAUGUAAGGAGAAAGAUAUCAUUGAAGAGUACCAAGGAAUGAUAGAUUUCCAAAAAAAUUAUAUUAUGAAACCAGAAAAUCAAUAUCGUAUAUGGGGCACUACACAACCACAUGUCUUAUUCCAUCCGCAAUGGCCAUUGUUUAUUGAUUCAAGAGAAAUGGGUGGUGCAUUACGCUCUUUGAGAAGAUCUUGUAAUCCUAAUGUAGAAUUAAUCACUAUGAGAACUACAGAUAAUGAUGUUGGUGUGAAAUUCUUUAUCAGAGCUAAGAGAGAUAUCAUGAAGGGAGAAGAGUUACAUAUUGAUUGGCAGUGGGAUUUGAGACAUCCAAUAUGGAAAAUACUUAAUGGAUGUUUAGAAUUUAAUGGGUUGAAUGAUAUGGAUAAAUAUUGGCUUAUUCAUUCAGUGGAAACUGUUUUGGAAGGUUGUGAUGGUUGUGCUUGUGAAAAUACUGAUCAUUGUCAACUAUACAAGGUUAGAGAAUAUUCCAAGAUCCUUUACAAAGAUUUUAAAUCGAAGAGUAAUAAUAUCUUUAAAUUAAAUGAAAUUAUAAAUAGGAAAAGGAAGCCAGUUGAAUGA